AUGGCAAAAGCUGUUAUCGGUAUAGCUGGAAAGAUUAUUGCUAAUCUGGUUCCUGAAGCAGUAGAAAAGGUUGGAAAGUUAUGUGGCAUCAAGCAUGAACACGAGGCACUCAGGGACACAGUCUCCACUCUUUUGGCUAUGUUGGACGCUGCAGAAGAGCAAUACCACCAGAUGCAAGUUCGGGUUGAUCAACUGAUAGAAGCUUUCUACGAUGCACAUGAUGUGCUUGAAGAAUUUAAUAUAGAAGCUAUGCGACGAGAACUGAGGGGCCAUAGUAAAAUGAUGAAGGAGGCUGAUAAGGGGUUCCACUUUGACGAGUACCCCAAGGGAGAGCCGAGGAAAAGAGAAGAGACGCAUUCGUUUAUACGUGAGGGAGAAAUUAGAGAGAGAGAUGAAGAUAAGAAGGCGGUCAUGGAAUUUUUACUGGAUUCAGAUGUGCAAGAGAACGUUUCCAUUCUUCCAAUAGUUGGUUUUGGGGGGAUUGGAAAAACAGCUCUUGCUCAAUGUGUGUAUAAUGAUGAGAUGGUUAGUAAACAGUUUAACUUGAAAAUGUGGGUUAGUGUCUCUGAUGACUUUGACAUGAAAAAAAUAGUGAAAAAUAUGAUAGUUUGUGCAAAGAAGAAAGAACCAACUGAGGUUGCGAUGGAACAGUUGCAAAGUGAGCUAAAGGAAGAGAUUGAUGGAAAGAGACACCUAUUAGUUUUAGAUGAUUUGUGGAAUAAAAAUCGGGAAACAUGGCUGCUCUUGAAAACUUUAUUGUCGAGAGGUGCUAGAGGAAGCAAGAUCCUUAUAACUACACGCCUUCGUUUGGUUGCGGAGAUCACCGGCACUACGCCGCCUCAUUUUCUCAAGGGCUUAUCUGAAAGUGCGUCUCUUGAUUUAUUAAUGCAAAUGGCUUAUCAAAAAAUUGAGGAGAUACAAGAUCUUGACAUGCUAGCUAUUGAUUAUGAGAUCAAGAAGCAGACUUUGGUCAAUCUGUGGAUGGCAGAAGGAUUUUUUGAGCCAUCAAAGAGAAGUCAGGAUCUAGAAGACAUUUUUCAUGGAUAUUUCAUAGAUCUACUUUGGAGUAACUUCUUCCAAGAUUUACAAACAGAUUCAUUCACGAACAAGGAUACUUGCAAGAUGCCUUCUUUGAUGCAUGAUCUAGCCUGCUCAGUUGCAAGGUCCGAGUGUGACCCUCGAAUCUCACACUUGAAAGCAAGUUCACUGAGAACGUUUCUUUCUGUGCCUACAUCUCACGAAAUGGAACAAAGAGAUCCAACAACUGAAGUAGAUCUAUGCCAGCUCAUUCAAAGUUUCAAGAGGCUGCGCAUCUUGGAUAUGGAUGCCCUAAUUGUCAAGAAGGUGCCAAGGUCCAUUGGUAGGUUGAAGCAUGUCGCGACCUAA